CAGUAUGUACAGGAGAGGAGUGUGGAGGGUAUGAUGGGGGCAGUAUGUACAGGAGAGGAGUGUGGAGGGUAUGAUGGGGGCAGUAUGUACAGGAGAGAAGUGUGGAGGGUAUGAUGGGGGCAGUAUGUACAGGAGAGAGAGUGUGGAGGGUAUGAUGAUGGGGGCAGUAUGUACAGGAGAGGAGUGUGGAGGGUAUGAAGGGGGCAGUAUGUACAGGAGGAGUGUGAUGGGUAUGGGGGCAGUAUGUACAGGAGAGGAGUGUGGGGGUAUGAUGAUGGGCAGUAUGUACAGGAGAGGAGUGUGGAGGGUAUGAUGGGGCAGUAUGUACAGGAGAGGUGUGUGGAGGGUAUAAUGGGGGGCAGUAUGUACAGGAGAGGAGUGU